CCAGGACCGGCGGGCAGGCGGGGUCCGGCAGGCGCCUAUCACCGUCUGUGACCGAGCCUGCCACGGCACCCUGCGCAAAUCCGCGGCGCCCGCUGGUCGCCACUGGGCACCCCGAGACCAUGGGGAAGCUCGUGGUGCUGACCCUGCUGGGGGCCAGCCUGGCCUUGAUCGGGGAGCGCUUACUGGCAUUUAGAGAAAGAAUUAAUGCAACUCGAGAAUUGGAACCUGUAGAACUCCAGAACUGCUAUCUCAUAGAGGGACUUGAAAAUGGCUCUGAAGAUAUUGAUAUACUUCCUAGUGGGCUGGCUUUUAUCUCCAAUGGAUUAAAAUAUCCAAGCAUGCCAGAUUUGGCACCAGAUGCGUCAGGAAAAAUCUACUUGAUGGAUCUGAACGAACAAAACCCAAGGGCACAAGCACUGAAAAUCAGUGAUGGAUUUGACGAAAAAUUUUUUAAUCCACAUGGGAUCAGUACCUUCAUCGACAAAGACCACACGGUGUAUCUCUACGUUGUGAAUCAUCCCCACAUGAAGUCCACUGUGGAGAUAUUCAAAUUUGAAGAACAACAACGUUCUCUCAUACACCUGAAAACCAUAAAGCACGAACUUCUCAAGAGUGUGAAUGAUAUUGUGGUUCUUGGGCCAGAACAAUUCUAUGCCACCAGAGACCACUAUUUCACCAACUUCUUCUUGGCACUUUUGGAGAUGAUCUUGGAUCUGCACUGGACUCAUGUUAUUUUCUACAGCCCCAAAGAGGUCAAAGUGGUAGCCAAAGGAUUUAGUUCUGCCAAUGGAAUCACAGCCUCACUAGACCAUAAGUAUAUCUAUGUAGCUGAUGUAACAGAUAAGAACAUUCACAUACUGGAAAAGAAUGAUAACUGGGAUUUAACUCAACUGAAGGUAAUACAGUUGGGCACCUUGGUGGAUAACUUAACUGUUGAUCCUGACACUGGAGAUAUUUUGGCAGGAUGCCAUCCUAAUGCCAUGAAGUUGCUGAACUAUAACCCUGAGGAUCCCCCAGGGUCAGAAGUACUACGCAUCCAGAAUGUUUUGUCUGAUCAGCCCAGGGUGAGCACCAUCUAUGCCAAUAAUGGCUCUGUGCUUCAAGGGACGUCAGUGGCUUCUGUAUACCAUGGAAAAAUUCUCAUAGGCACAGUGUUUCACAAAGCUCUCUACUGUGUACUCUAAAUUGCAGGUAUUCUAAAGAAUCUACAUGUUUGAUGAAAGUAAACGUGCAAUUAUAUAAUAAGUUGAACUGUAAACAAAUAACACAUACCAUCAAAGGUGUGCCUUGCUUUUCUUAUGGCUAGAGGUGAAAGAACAGAAUUGAUUGCAUAACAUCCACCAAAUCUCAAGCCACCUAAUGACAGUGCAACUAGAAGUCAGAUUGCUCCACUCUUCUUCAAGCAUCCCCAAUAUCAUUCUACAGUAAAAUACAUGGGCUGUGGCCAUGGAGGGCUCUAGAUCACCUAUAGCCCCUUAGAACCUGUGUAACACAAUUGCCUCCUACAAGCUGUGACGUUCUGAGUCUCCUACAGUCCACAUCAGGAGAGGAGCUAAUGUUCAAGCAUUUAUAAUUCCUGUUCUCUUCCCCCAAUUGUGUGGGGCACCAAAUGUUACUCAAGUGUCCCAGUCUACAGCAAAAAGCAAGAACUGGCAUCAUGAGACUACCCAAGGCCCUGCUUGAACAUGCAUUCUCCCCAGUAGACACACAGGGAAUCAGAUUCUGGGAAAUCUGACAGAGCAAAGCCUCACUGGCUAGCUUAGGACAAGGACAGGGGAGAUGUAUUUACCUGUAUGAGGUCACUAUUUGUACCAAUACCUGUAUUUCAAGUGUUCCUGAGCUGCUUGACUCUGAACCAUGAGAUGGGAGCUCAGGGCACUUGUUUUCCACUGCUCUCAGCUUGCUCUACAGGUUAAUUCAAUAAACACUUAUUAAGCAUCCUC